GUGUUGUUGUGAGACGAGAGAAGCCCGCCGGCGUUCAAUUUCUUUCAGAGCACUUUUCAAUUUGUCAUCAUGUGAUUAUACCUGGCAGAGUCCUCGUGAGGCUAGGAGCUUGUUCGGAAUGUCAAUUCUGAAGGUAUAUUUGAACUGGGCCAAUUCUGUCCUGAGUGAGGUGGGCCACUAUGUGGAGGGCGUGUCUGCCGUACAGAAUGGACGUGUGCUGUGUGAACUCAUCGACAUCCUCACCAACACAGCUGGACUGGUGGGAAAUGUUCAGAACUCGUCAGGGGAAUCAACUCAACAGCAAUGGAUACAAGCAGCUCUGGAUCACAUGCGAAGCCAUGGAAUCAAAUAUACAUUCACUGUGCAGGACAUCCUAGAUGGCGACAUCAAGUCUCUCCUGGACGUGCUGUGGCUCAUCAUCCUAAAUUACAGCCUGCACAACAUAGAUCAGAAUGCUUACCAGCGCAGUGUGGGUAUCGGCAAGAAGCACCUGAUGGAAUGGUGCGAGCUGGAGCUGGCAACACAGUUUGACUCAAGGAACACAUUUGCCUUCAAUUUGUGUCAAGGCAACUGGUUCUCCAAACUGUUGCAGAAGUUCAGUGGAGAUGGCGUAGUGGAUGACGAGGACCGAGUGACUGCCUUGACGAACCUCCUUGACUCUGUGGAAUACAAGUAUUUUAUCAGUAGAGAUAUCAUCAGUGCUGCAGACAUCAUAGAUGGCACAGUGGAUGAGCACACGUUGAUGAUCUAUGUUGCCCUGCUCAGGAGGAGGGUUGGGGGAGACAACAGAACAUUAAAUGCUUUUUCAAGAUUUACAAAGCCUCCGGGGGGCAUGAACCUGGAGGUGGCCGAUGCCAUGAGGAGCCCACCCACACGAUACAAGGCCAACCAGGACGAGGACAGAUAUAUGUCGGACAGUGAACUCUGCACGGCAGACCACAUGAAGAAGAAGCAGUCAAGUGGCAUCUUUAAACCUAUGUCAGUUUCCCCAUAUAAGUCUAACAGUAUUGGAAAAGGACCAUCUGCUUUCACUUCCAGGAAACAUGGAUCUGCAGAAGAACUGUCUAACUGGAUGUCAGCGUCGUCCCUAGUGUCAGUCCAUAGUGAGAGAAAUGGGCUGAAUCAGUCUCCCAAUGAUGAUGCCCCGAUUUCCUUGAACUCGGAUGGUGAGAGUAUGUUGAAGGAGACAAUCAGUCAGCGGGUGUAUGAACACAUGCCCCAGUCAGAGAAUGAAGAGGACAGGGACACAGGUUCAAUGACACACAGAUUAGAUGACUUGCAGCCAGAGGCUUCCAGAUUUUCCUCAGGUGGAAGCUCAGAUAGAAAUGCUAAAACAUCUCAAGCAGCUCUGGGAUCUUCCUCACAUACAAACAAUGGGAUGUUGACUGAUGGUAGUAGAACUGAGAAAAUAUCUGGAGAUGUUAAAAUCAAAAGACCCAGAGAUUAUUUCCUGCAGUGGGAGGAGACACUUGAUAGGCUGUCCCAGGGACCAUCAAGCUCAUCAGAUCUCAUUCAGUCUUCCAGAUCCCAAAGUGACCUUGACCUAGAGAGUCUUAGUGGAAGGUCAAGAUCAAGUUCCAGAUCAAGAUCAAGGUCACACGAAUCAAGACAAAUUUUACAUGAUAGUAUUGUAUACAAGUCUUCUUUGGAUCGAGAAAGGGGGAGAAGGUCUGAGAAUAUGUUUCGAGGCAAAUCUCACAGUCAGCCAGAUUCAAUGACAAAAUACAAGGAGAGCAGGCAGGGUAGGGUGAUACCAGAUAGUGAGAUGCCUGAUGAUCAAUCGAAACUUACUGCCAGUACUGAGAAAAGUGCAUCUACCUCUGAUGUCAACUUGGCAAGCAUGAGUGGAACUAAAAUUAGUGAUCUUCAGUCUCACCCCAUGUUUCCCAAUCUGAAAUCAUUGCUGUGCAGUAUAGACCCUCAGAGGUUGGAUAUAUUAAAUAAAUCAGGUGACCCACCUGAUGUUCUUUCACUACUUGAUAACAUAAAGAAAGCACGUCUGGCAGUUGACAACACUAUGCCAAAAGAAGACUUCCGAAGUAAAAGGGUCCAAGACAAGAAGGACCAGACCAAGGUGAAGAAUGUCAAUGACCCCAACAGAGAAGGGAGACCUGAAUCUGCCAUUUCUCAAAGACUUACUGAUAAAGCAAAACAUGCUGACACUUCUUCAUCUGGCAGACAUUUACAGGAACUGUCUGUUUCUGCUUCCAUUAGGAGAAACCCAGACUUACAUAGGACAGAAACCAACAGAAAGAGGUCUCCAUUACAGAGGUCACCAGAGAAACCUGCUGCUUCCAGCCCCCGACUAGGCUCACCAAACAUUGCCUCGCCACACACUCUCCUGCAACACGAGCCAGGUCUGCACGAUGAAGAACAUUUGUAUGACUCUGAUGGCAGCUAUGGUCACCUGCCUCGAAGGGAAGCUUGGGAGAGAUCCAGGGGACGCAGUGAGCUGCCUGAUGAUGGAAGCAGGAUAGAUUCCUUAGCUCAAGCCAAAUUUAUUGAGGUGCUGUGUAAGGAGAUAGAGGAAUUGAAAUACAAGAUUGAAACAAUCGAGGGCUCUGGAGAGGCAGGACGAGCUAGUCCAGUUGCCAGAUCACCUUGUGGUGAGAGGAGGACGCCGACUUUCCAGAUAACGGGGACAAAGAUUGAACCUCUGAGUCAGUUCAGUGAUAUACAUGAACAGAAUGGUCAUAUGGUUUUUGAGUCAUCUAGAAGUAGAUCAUUGAGUCCAAUCUAUACAAGACAAAGAAAGUCACCAGAUUUACCCAGGAGGAUUCCUCCAGCAGGUAGCAGGUAUGAGAGAGAAGCAAGAAAGAACAGUCCUGACUACAGUAGAAGCAGAUCAUUAAGUCCUACACUAGAAAGACAGAGAGAUAUCGAAAAUAUGCUUAGAAAUGAAAUAUCACCUGACAGAUUCAAUGGAUCAAGUGACAGAUACAUGGAGAGGUCAAGUGCAGUUCCAGACAGUUCAUACAGAGUGAGUCCUCUACCCAGUAGAUACACUAGCACUCUCGACUCCAUGUACAUGGAUGAUAGCUACCAAACUAGAUAUAGUGCGAGACCUUCUUCACCACCUCGAGGACCUUCAAGAACAGGUAGCUUGUCUCCGAUACGAGGUUUACAGAGAGGAAGCUUUGCCCUUCAUGAUCCAGGAGAUAGUCAUCUACCUGGAAACCAUCUCAAUGUUGACACUGAGCAUGAUGAUCAGACCAGGUCCAUCAGUCUGGGUUACAGCAGUCCUGUGAGGAGUGUCACUCAGGAGAUCUGGGGGAACAAGUUGAGCAUUGUGAAGGGCUUGGAACCUGAGAGACAAGACAGAUGGAAGAAUCUCAUUGCCAUGAGGGAGCUGUCAGAUGAAGACGUCAUUGAGUUGAAACAGGCACUUGCAAGUUGUAUUGUGGAAAACGACAUCCUGCAGGCCAAGUUAAGGAAUGCCAAAGCUGAUGUGUCAGAAAAGCUUUUUAAGACAAAUGAUGUCCUUGAUGAUUGUCGUAGACAUCUGGCAAAGUCACAAGCCGAGAAUAUGGAACUUCGUAGCAACCAUGAGCAUGAGCGUCACAAGAAUGAGGGGCUUGAGGCCAGAGUGAAAAGCAUGGAAGAGAAUGUGUUAAAGGCUCAUGCUGAGUCUGAUCAAAUGAGGAUAGAACUACAAGAGACAACUGCAGCACUCAACAAUGCCCUCAGUGAACUAAGACCUCUAGAGGACCUGAAACAGGUCAACCAAAGUCUCAGGAUGAAUUUGUCUCAAGUAGAGAGCCAAAAUGAUUCUUUUAGACAGGACUUUGAGGAGAUACAGUUCAACCAGGAAAAGGCUCAGAGCACAAUCAAGGAGCUGCGAACAUGCCUUGAGGAAGUGAGACAAGAAAGGUCAAAGUUGUUUGAAGAGAUCAAUGCUCUCCAUGCCAGCAAUCAGAAGUCCAAGGUAGCUGACAUCAUGAGUCACUACACAGAGAAGGGAGCCUGUGAUGAGGUGGAGAGGGAAAUAAGAAGAGUGACAAGCAGUCAACCUUCAUCCAGACCUUCAAGUGCAGGCCGCUCCCGGACUUCAAGUAUGGGUCAUUCAUCAAGGCCCAACAUGAGUAAUACUCACUCUAGAAGGUCCAGAAUUGAUGACUACAUUUCCCCAAGUCGUGAAACCAUGGACUCUUCAUCUCGAGCCCAUCGACGAACAAGUACAUGGAAUAAUGAACUGGAAUCCACUCCUGUGAAGCUCAACUCUUCCCUGAACAUGUCAAGCACCCUUGAUAGUAAAGACACAGGCUACAGCACAGAGGAUAUGAUGAAGUCACCAGGUGUGCCAUCAUCAUUCCGGGAGAUCUACCCACACCGGAAAGUCCAGUAUUACCGAGACAAGCAGAGAGAGUCCUUGGUGUCCCCAAUUCCCUUUGUGGACUACUCAGAUCUGCAACAGUAUCCAACCAAACUCAAUUAUUCUGAUUAUGAUGCAGAGGACACAUACAGGAUUUCAAGGAAUGGCUCUGGUGAUAAUGGAAGUUUUAGAGAAAGUUUACUUCAAAGGCAGCAUCAAGAUAAUCUUCACGGAGACAACUACACUGACGACUUGAAUCGAUAUGAAUCUAGUCAGAAUUAUAACACAGGGAGAGACAUGAUAGAGACAGUUGUUGAGUCAUCAUCCACCAGGUACCAGCGGCCAGGGACAGAAGUCUCAGACAGGCUCUCUCGGAGCAUGCAGGAGACCUCUCGACGACCUCACCAUGAUCGGAAGGAGCCGUCAGACAGACUCAAUGUGUCACUUAAUUCAGUUUAUGACAUGCGUCAAAGGAAUAGUGUGAGCCCAAAUUCUAAGAAAGGGAUCCUAAAAAAUGUGAAGAUAGAACAUUUAAACCAUUUACGAGAGAGAAGCUGUAGCCCUGUCCUCCAGAGAUGUGGCCGGUCUCAUUCACCACCAACUAAAUUGUCACCUAGCAAGAAUGCUGCCAUAGAAACAAAGUCGGGUCAUGGCAAACCAGUGUAUGGAAGGUCAUCCAGUGCUCGGCGCUUCACAGGGAAACUGACAGAGGAGCUUGAUGGAGGAAGAGAGUCCAACCUGAAAGCAGGCUACACUCGAGCACAGUCCUGGUACCAACUACAGCUAAAAGCAAAAGAAUCUGGCAAUGAUGACAAAAACAACCGAAUAGCUGAAAUUACUGACAAAUUGGGCCUGGAGCCCACAGUGUUGAGUGAUGCCCAGAGGCGCUAUGCUGACCAUCUCAUCGAGAAGUAUACAGGGCAGAGGGCGGACCUGAUGGACACGUUUUGAUACUUGGAUAUUGACUCCCUGGAGCUGGUGUAAUGCGACUGUGGCUCUCCACAUGACUGCAGAGAGAGACAAGAGAUUUAGUAAUGAAGCAUCGAUUAAAACAUGUAUUUUUGAGAGAUAUGUCCAAUCACUGAAACUUCUUUGUAAUUUAGACGAGAAAUAAUUCCACCAAUGAAGUAACAGAGAGUCUACUGUAUGGGAACAAUAUGUACUGUAGCACUAUCAGGGAAGGACAGAUUGUGAUGUCUGCUUCCUAUGUACUUAUAGUCAAUUAUUUCUCUUGGUUUUCGUUCUUAAAGGAGUGACUUGACGUGAUAAUGUGACAUACAACAUAGGUGCAUUUAGAAAUUAAUAGAUUAGUUUAAAAAUUCUUCAUCAAACAUUGGGGGAUUCAAACUCUCCUGGUGGCUCUUGCUAAUUAUGAAAAUAGUUACAAACACUUUCUCUCCCAGGAAAUGUUAUUCUACAAUUGUCUUUUUGUCCUCCAAAAGGUGAGAGAAGUCUGAAGAGACAAUAGGUUUUGCAUAAUUUCUACAACAGACUUUCAAUCAAUAAUUUGUGAUAAUUGGUUAAUAGAUAAAAGGUGCCUUUAGGAAAUAUUGUUGAAAUACAGUACUUGAGUCUGUGUUACAACUGUAGCAGUAUCAAAGUAUUAUAUACCUAGUGUGAUACAGUAUUAAGAAUACUUGACUACAGUCCUGUAGGAUUAUUAUUGUUGUAAAUCUGGUUGUGUUAUUUUAUUUCAUUAUUUUCUCUGUGAUAUUCAAGGAAGUGAUUCCGUCCAAUGAUGAUGCAGGUGUAAAGUUGUUGUGUUUGCUUUCUCAAAAAACUUUGUCAGGAUACAGCUGUGAUGGAUUUCUUUGUAUUUUGUUUUUUUCAAAAACUGUGUUUUCCAUAUUUGGUUAUGAGCCAACUCCAUCAGAACAACAGGCAGUUGUGGCCUUUCUUCACCUUCCCCACUCGGAAUAUGACAGAUGUUAAGGCCAUGAAUUCUUGAAGCACCCUGAAAUUCCUACAACAUUUCUGCCUCUGAUCAGGUAGUGGUGGAGAAUAUUACUAUAUACUGAUCCUUUUAAUUGCCAUCCAUUCCAUGCAUAAACAAUAGUAAGAUAUUUUUGUUACUUCUGAUAUCAUAUGCUUUGGGUAGUUUUUUGCCAUGUACACCUGUUUUACUGUGCCAGAAAUGUUAUUAUGAUGGAGAUAAUAUGCUGAAUUUAUGAUAACUUGAUUUUAGAAAAGGUUUAUUAAUUGUUAUGUGGUUGUACUGUAUAAUACCAUCUAUUUAUUUGUAUAUUAGCAUUGUGUGUUGACCUCCUAUUAUCUGUGAUAAUUGCUUAACAAUGUACACAGAUUUGGCAUGGAUUUAGCAAUUGAAGUUUGGCAGCUACAUGGUUAGUUGUAAAGAAGAAACUUUAGCUACUUUAAAUGAAUGUCAACUAAGUUUAUACAGUUCCUUGUGAUAGGACUUGUGUGUAUGUGAGAGGGUUAGGAAGGGGUGUGUCCUGGGGACAGUGUGACCAGUUUCAUCCUAAAGGUUACACAGAGCUCUGCAAGUGUGGGUUUGUCAAGUGCUGAUUAAUAAUUUGGAUCUAAACUGCCUCGGGAGCAGUAUAUAUGUACGAUAACUAGUCUUAACAACAGUUCAGGGACUGGAUGUUACAAUGUGACCACUGGUGUUUAGUCCAUACUUGAUUAUUUACCCUCAAAGAUUAUAUAGCUGUAAUAUUGUCUACUUUUGUGUAAAACUAGUGUACCUCUGACAUCUGAUAUCAGUAGCUCUCCAAUGGAAAACUUUGGUCUUAGGUGACACUUCUAGCUUUCAGCUACAUAACAUGUGACAGGUGUCACCUGAAGCUCUCACCUGUAUAAUGUGACCGGCAACACCUGUAGCUCUCAACUGUAUAACAUGUGACAGGCAACACCUGUAUCUCUAAGCUACAUAACAUGUGUCACCUGUAGCAGUCACUUGUGUAAUGUGACAGGUGACACCUGAAGCUCUCACUUGUGUAAUGUGACAAGUGUCAUCUGUAGCUGUCAGCUAGAUAACAUGUGACAGGUGACAACUGUAGCUCUCACCUGUGUAAUGUGACAGGUGACACCUGUAGCUGUCACAUGUGUAAUAUGACAAGUGUCAUCUGUAGCUGUCAGCUACAUAACAUGUGACAGGUGACACCUGUAUACAUACACACCUCUGUAUAUCCAACAGUAGCAGUAUGCUGUUUAUCUUAUUGACUGGUGCUGUGGGGUGUUUAGCCACUAGAGUUAUUAGAUAGGAAUGUUUUGAUCUUUCACAUACAGUAUUUAAAGGCACUGUUACUCUUAGAAAUUCACAAUUAAAUGUGCCUAAAAGGUAAGGUUGUAUAUUCCCCUGAUGUGUUGUUCUUAAUAAUUAAAAUUAUUUCCCUUUCAUUAACUUCAUUAAUUCAGAAGUUGGGUUUAAGUUUGGUCUACAGCAUCUUAUACUAGUGUGAUGCCUACCUUGUCUAUUCAUGAUAAGUGUGCACAUAUUAUCACAACUUAACUCAAAGAAAGAAUAAUCCACAUCUGCAUCAUGCCAAAAGACAUUAAAAGGUGGUACUUGUUGUUUCCUAAUAUAAGUGGAUACAAGGACUUGUGGGUGUAAAGUAGUCGGUGUCAGAGUGGGGUAACCAUGUUAAACCGUGGCCCAUUAGUACCACUACAAGUAGCCACAUGCAUGCACGUUGCUAUAUAAGAGAUAUUUUAUUGAAUACAACCUUAAACACAAGUUUACCUGUUUCUGUUGACUGAGGUUUGUCAGAAAAGAACCUCAUACAAAUUACCCUGUGUUGGUACAGUCUUACAUAUAAGAGCUCUCAUGGGAAUGCAGUCUUUAUUGAUUAAUAAUUUCCAAAUAUAGGUUUGGUCAUGAAGUAUGUAGUUUUACACUUAGAACAGAUAGCUGUUCGAAAGAAUGUUUGUGUGGCCAGGUCACAGCUGAAUGCCCUGAUCUACCUGUCUGAUGAACAAGUCACCAGUCUUCAUUCUGAAAGUUUGUGAUAAAACAACCUUGUCAGCUGAAGUUUCUUCACUGGUCUUUAUGCUAACUGAAAAAAAAAAAUAUAGAGUUUACUUGUACAAUAACAAUUGAAGAAAUAGAAUUGGACAAACAUUACAUAGCAUAUUUUGUAACAAGGUAGUGUUUUGUAGCAGACUUGCCUUAUAAUGUGUUGUUGUAGCAGACAUGUUGUAUAAUGUGUUGUUGUAGCAGACAUGUUGUACAACGUGUUGUUGGAGCAGACAUGUUGUACAAUGUGUUGUUGGAGCAGACAUGUUGUACAAUGUGUUGUAGCAGACAUGUUGUACAAUGUGUUGUUGUAGCAGACAUGUUGUACAAUGUGUUGUUGUAGCAGACAUGUUGUACAAUGUGUUGUAGCAGACAUGUUGUACAAUGUGUUGUUGGAGCAGACAUGUUGUACAAUGUGUUGUUGGAGCAGACAUGUUGUACAAUGUGUUGUUGUAGCAGACAUGUUGUACAAUGUGUUGUUGGAGCAGACAUGUUGUACAAUGUGUUGUUGUAGCAGACAUGUUGUACAAUGUGUUGUUGGAGCAGACAUGUUGUACAAUGUGUUGUAGCAGACAUGUUGUACAAUGUGUUGUUGUAGCAGACAUGUUGUACAAUGUGUUGUUGUAGCAGACAUGUUGUACAAUGUGUUGUUGCAGCUAACCUGCUGCACAAUGUGUUUUGGCAGAAAUGUCAAUGAAAUAUUAUGGAAAGAUUCUUUGAUUGUACUUUAUAUUUUAUGUAAUUUGAUAGAUAAACUUCUGUGAUAUUGUAUCAAUGCAUUGGAUGAAUAAAAUGUACUUGAUUAUAA